UGGUGAGGUGGAGCGCCGGAGAGGAAGGGGAGCAACUGUGCCACAUGGAGCAGACGUUACAGGGUUGAGAAGAGAAUAACAGGAUCGCUUCGUGUUUUAUGAGAAAUACUUAUUGUAGCGGGUGUUCAACAGCAAUGUAACGCAGGUAACUAGGUGGGAGGUUCACUUACCUGAUUAGAGCACGGGCCAGUCAAGAGUUGAAACGUGGACCAGUAAAAUCCGCGUUUCAACUCCAGUAUUGAAUAAGCACGGGCUAUAAGCGGGAGCGAGCAUUGGUUUUGACAUGUCUCGUCAGGAGAGAUGCGCCACCGAUUGAAUCUCUUAAGAUUUUAUGCACAAUGUUUGCAAUAUUGUUUGGCAUCCUCACACUGCAUAAGGUGUUCUCUGCAUGCAAUGUGCCACACCUUUGCCCAGACAGCCCAGAUGUUCAGGCUGAAAUCCUUAACGAGCACAAUGCCUUUCGAAGAGCUGUUUUUCCAACUGCUAGUGACAUGGUCAAGAUGAACUGGAGCACUGAGGCCGCAACCAGUGCUCAGGCUUGGAUUGACACCUGCGCCAUGGCCCACGGCCCACCCAGCAGCCGCAUGCUUGGUGAUUAUGAAAUGGGUGAAAACCUGUUUUUCACCUCCGGUUCUAAGGAUUGGACUGACGUCAUCAGAGCCUGGCACAGUGAGGUCAAAGAUUACACUUAUCCAAAUGGUUCAAAAAACGGUCAACCCAUUGGUCACUACACGCAGGUGGUUUGGAACACUUCAUACAAGAUUGGUUGUGGUGUGGCCUUGUGUCCUGGUUCACUUUACUUCUUCGGAUGCCAAUAUUACAGAUCUGGAAACUUCAAAGGAGUGCCUCCAUACAAGGAAGGAACUCCAUGUGCUGACUGUCCCAACUCCUGUGAAAAUAAUCUUUGCACUGAUCCCUGUCCUUAUAUAAACAAGUACAGAAAUUGUGCAGCCCUGGUGAAAGCCAAUGGGUGCAACAAUCCAUCAGUGAACGCCUGGUGUCCUGCCCUCUGUCGGUGCCCCACCGAGAUCAUCCCAGUCGGAAAGAAAUAAGUCCACUGCUCUACAAAAUGGUCUAAUAGACGAAAACCUUGAAUAAACGCUCUGCUGUUUCCUUUC